AUGUAUUUCUCCAACGUUGUCGUCACUGUCCUCGCCGCUCAGGCCUUCUCCCAAGACAGCCGAGUUCCUCGCUCUAGCUUUGGCCAAGUUGCUGCCUUAAUGGCUGCUGGAGCUCUUCCAGGACACGCUCUUGCUCUCCCUAUCUUCAGCAGCGUUCAGAAACGCGAGCCUCAUCACCAAGGUGCUCAGAACAAGCAGAACAAUCAGGCUCAGGGCAACCAAAACAAUAACCAGGCUCAGGGUCAGAACGCCAACGCCAAUGCCAACGCCAACGGAUGCAACGCCAACAACAAGCGAGAUGAGGAACUUGUAGCUCGUCACCACCAAGGCAACCAGGGAGGCAACGCCCAGGGCAAUGCCAAUGGCAACGCUAACGGCAAUGCUAAUGGUAAUGCCAACGGUAACGGAGCUGCUGCGGCUGCUGCUAAUGAUUGCAACAACAAUAACGCCGCUGCCAACAACAACAAUGCUGCUGCUAACAACGGUAAUGCCAACGGUAACGCCAACGGCAACGCCAACGGCAACGCCAAUGGCAACAACAAGCGAGACCUCGAAACCCGACACCACCAAGGAGGUCAAGCAAAGGGCAACAAGGCCGCAGCUGCCGGUGCCAACCGCAACAACGCCGCCGCCGCCGCUACUGGCAACAACGCUAACAAGGUUGCCGCCGCUGGCGCUGGAAACAACGCUGCCAAUGCCCAGGCCAACAACAAGUGCAAGCGAGAUCUCGAGGCUCGCCACCACCAGGGAGCUCAGGGCAAGCAAAACGCUCAGGCUGCAGGUUGUAACUAA